CUAACAAUACAACAGAAAUUACUUUAAAUUAAUCGUUUUUAACCAAUCGAAAAGACUGCUUUUUCUCGAUUCUUCACCGGAAAAGAAUCGAACUCAUUUGAAUUUUUUCAGUAUGAUACUCGAUACUAAUAUUGAUUCAUAUGAAAUAAAAGAAUUGAAACAACAACAACAGUUGGAAACAAUUACAACCAAAGAUAUUUAUAGCCCAAUUCAAAGUAAAACCAGUAAUUUCUCACCGGAGAAAGAAGAAAAGCUUAUUCGAUCAACCAGUUCGAUCAUUGACAAUGAAUUAUGUUUAACGGAUGAGAAAAAAAAUGUCAAAGGUUCAAGAUCUCAAGUGUCUCAGCCACAAUCAGAUCGCAUUCAAGCGAAUCGUUCAAUUGAUUUUGUCCUUUCUCAUCACCCACCUUUAUUUGAUUCAAAAUUAGAUGUUCAGGAUAAGGAUUAUCUCGAUUCUAUAUCAACAUACAUGUCAUUCACUUAUCUAGAUAUGUUAACUUUAUCGUUUUCAAUUGGUAGUUUUGUUUGUGAUUUUAUAACUGAUAUUAUCGUCACCACCUGUCACUAUUUAAAUCAUGAUUAUUGGUAUUUUUCCUUGACCCUCUUAUUUAUUACCGUACCGUCUUUAAUCAUGACAAUAAUGUCAUUAAGAUGGUAUAUUAUUGAUUCGAAAAAUCCUAAUUCUCUGCCCGUAUCAACAACUAAAUGGGUUUUUCGUGUUAUCCUUUUAACUUUGCAACUUGGUCCAGUGCUACGCUAUAUUGAUUCGAUUCUUUACGGAAUUGAAUUCCGUAAGCUCAGUAAAGAAAAAAAGAAAAUUGCUAGACGUUAUUUUCAAUAUAUGAUUUACGAAGAUACUGAUGCUACAAUGCUUCGUCUAUUUGAAGGCUUUAUGGAAGCUGCUCCACAAUUGGUGUUACAAUUAACGGUAUUGAUCAUAAAAAUGCCGGAUAAAAAUCGAGAUGGGACAGUUUUGGCUCAAUCAAUUUCCAUAAUAUCUUCAUUGGUAUCUUUAGCAUGGUGUCUUGUGACUUAUAUUCGCAUGCUUCGUAUGUCUUUGGCUAAUAAAAAGAAUAUGACAUACCCCGGAGCGAUCGUUCAAUUUUUUUGGCGUUUUUUUAUGCUUUCAUCGCGUGUACUGGCCUUGUCAUUGUUUGCAUCCGAAUUCACUUAUUACAUAGGCAUUGUGUGCGUUGUUCACUGGUUGAUAAUGUUCAUUUGGAUUGUCAACAUGAAAACAACAUUUUGUGAUAACCGGAUAGAAGAAUUAUUUUAUAAUGCUGUUUUGGCCCUUAUAUUUAUUUUCUGUUACUUUAAUCCGGUUGAGGGUCCAUCACGAAAACGUUAUUUAUUUUACUAUACGGUGAUGUUCAUCGAAAAUCUUAUCAUUCUAUUACUUUGGUACAAUGUUUGCGAUAUAUUCAAAUGGUAUCGACUUCCAGCAUUUAUAUUAUUUUUUACAAGCUUUUUCAUUGGCUUGAUUUUUAUGUCGAUGUAUUAUCUAAUAUUACAUCCAUCGCAAAAUAUUCGAAAAUUUCGCCAUUCCGCUAAGCCGAAAAUUGAUCAGAAAAUAACUGGUCCUAGCAGCAGUCAAUUAAGUGCGGGCUCAUCUUUAGAAACGACGAUGGCUCAAUCUUCGACUUUGACGGAUAAUAGUAGAACCAAUCUAUUAUCGCCUAAGAAGUCAAAGAAACGAGGCAAGUGAGAACUAAAUUCGUGAAAAACUCUUCCAAAAAAAAACUACAAACGACAAUUCAGUGGUGGUGGUUCCAAGCCAACAUUUUUAAAAAUCGACAUUUAAUUUUAAUAAAUAAUAAACUUAUCUAAGAAUCUCAUUGACAAAAAA